AUGGCUGAAAAAUCAAAAAAAGAACCGCAAACCCCUGAAAGCAUCAUUCUUGCGGCCGAUCAGGGCCGACUCGAUCUUGUCACGGCACUCUUAGAGGGCGGGGCGGAUCCGAAUACUGUGGACGAGAUCGGAACUUCGGCUCUUCAUAAUGCAGCCAGACAGGGCUAUUGGGAUAUCGCCCGGCUUCUUCUUGAGAAUAAUGCAUCACCUCGGAUUGAAGAUGGCAACCGCGCAACUCCACUCCGUCUUGCUGUAAGAGCAGGCCAGAAAGAGAUUGUUCGCUUAUUGCUCGAAUGUGAUCCUCCUACAGCCCAGACAAAAGAAAGCGAGACAUAUAGGCUCCUUCACAUUGCUGCAGCCUUUGGCCAUACAGAAAUAGUUCAACUCUUGCUGGAUUGCAACACCCCCACUUUAGGCAGCAAUGGGGAACAGACGGCGCUGCACUUGGCGGCUGCAAAGGGAUAUCAUGAAAUUUGCGAGCUUCUCCUAAAGCAUGACAAGUCUUUAGAUCGCUCAGUAUGGGCCAGAUUGGUCGGUCCCAGUUUGGAAGUCGAUUCAAAAGAUUACGCAGGAAACACGCCUUUCGCAUACGCAGUUGCAAAAGGUCAUGAACAGGUAGUCGAAGUCUUUCUACGCAGUUAUCCAGAACUGAGUAAAACUACCGAUCGAGAGAAAGCGUUGCAUUUCUACAAGGCUAUCAGGGCUGGAAAGAUUGAGAUGGUUCGAAUAUUUUUGAAUCAUGGCACGGACACGGAAAUGAAAGACUCUUACGGAUAUCGGGCCCUUCAUGUGGCUGUCAUUGCUGAGAGCAUGGGGUACAUGACCGAAGCUACUGACAUGAUCAAGCUUUUACUUGCGCAUGGUGCUCGGGUUGAUUCAAAGGACAACGAUGGCAGAACCCCUGAAUUUCACUCCCAUAAUCCAAAGAUCAGAAUGAUACUGCGUAACCAUGCAGCCACGCAGCCAAAGGUCCUUUCACUACCGAAAGCACCGGUGGCUUCGAACCCGCCACCUGAGUACAAGGCAUGA